CUAAAAAUGUUGAACAUCAUUUAACAAAUGACGCAUAAUAAUAUGUACAUACAUGACUUUAGUAAGAUACAGGAAGUAAGGCAUAAAUUCAAAAUUUGGAACAGAGCAUACUUAAUGGCGCCACCACUUCUAUUUCUGUAUUGUGCAGUUUACAGUAUCCGCUUCACCUAUAUUUAUCUCUGUCUAGCAAGACAGCAUCUAUCUCUUUCUUUUUCAUAAUCUCCCUUACAAUAUGUACCAGAAUGCUGUUUAUCUACGUACCCCGCUCUGCGAGUCCCGAUGAUAUCCGAUCACUCCCGAAUCCCAGUCGAAGUCCCGUAUCCCAUCUGUCCUAAAUUCAGUAACCUAUCGUGUACCACGUCAAAUAAAAUACAAAGUGAUUUACUAAUAACGCUAUUGUUUAUUUACAAUAUUCUCCUGUUAUUUAAGUUCACUUAGAAAACGUAUGUGUUAAGUGUAAUCGGGUUUUAUAAGCAUAACAUUCGUUAUCUAUUAAUGGAAUGGUAAUCGACACAAAUAAUUUCCAGUUGUCGUCGAUUUGCGUUCACUGUAGUGUAGCUCAUGUGUGGUACUGUUUACUCUUUUUUGUGCUUUGUUAUUGUGUGUACUGAUGGUGUAGUUAUAUAAUAAGGAUUUAUUCGAAAUUAAAAUGGCAACUUUGCCUAGAAUGCACAAUUCUAAACCGGGGCCUGGAUUACCAUCUCCGUUUAGUACUAGCCCGCGGAAACUUCAAGAGAUGGCGCUGCCUCCAUGUGAAGGGCACGAUGUCACCACUGCAAGCGGUAUCAGCAUGAAACAGUAUGAGGAACAACUGAAUGGCUUAAGAAAGGAAAACUUUCAUUUGAAGCUAAGGAUCUAUUUCCUUGAAGAGAAAUUGGGUACUGGAUCGCCACCAGCUGUUCAAGGUCUUUUGGAACACAAUGUCAGGCUUCAAGUGGAAGUGGAGGAAUUGAGAAGGCAACUGACUGACAAACAAGAGCUUCUUGCUGCGGCAGCUGAAGCCAUUGACGUCUUGGAGCAACAAGGCUCCAUAUCGACUGACAGUGUGGAAAUAUCCAUGAAUAAUAGUAAUGUGAUGAAAAAAGAAGUGUCACAGGAUCAGGAACCCGAAAAGAAGGAAUUGGUUGAUGAUACGUGCGCGGAGUCUGAAUCGGCUGGCGAUUAUUUGGCUGUAACAGUGAACAAUGAUGAUUUGGAUGAACUUGUUAAAUUACGCAGGGAGAACAAAAAGGCCUUGCAAAUGAUAAAAGGAUGUAUGAAAAAAAUUCAACAGCAAGACAGAGAAAUAAAGAAAAUUAAAUUGGACAAAGAAUUAGUCUACGCGCAUGUUAGCGAUUCGCAAUUGGAGAAGUAUGAAGAAAUUUUAAAAUGUAAAGAUGAACAUAUCAAGGAUUUGGAGAGCAAAGUCAGGGAUUUACAAAAGCAUUUCGAGAAAGUUCAAGAUGUUGACGCGGGAAAUCUUCAGCAGCUACUUACUAAACGACUGCAAGGAUUGGCUUAUUUCCUCGACAAACUUCUGUCGCACAAAUGUGUACUUGGCGAGGAUAAGAAGAAGUUGGCUGAAAGUAUACUAGAACAAAGUCUUGCCUUGCCUGUUGGUUUGGAACUAGAUGAGUCAAUGGCGCCAGAAGACUUCACAAUGGACGAGAGUAAUAUUGAUAUAUCACAGUCAUUGAGGAUUGAAGAUCUGACUAUGAUGUUUGGACACCACAUGGCUUGUAGUGAUGAUAACGCGAUGAAAUAUUCGGCCCAGAAAAAAGCUAUAAUGAAACAUUUCCCACAAGCAGACGUCAUUUCGGAAUCAGAAUGUUGGUCGGAGCCUGAUCGAAACGUAUCACUGGCUCGGGUUGGUCUGUGCGACACAGGUGUCGGCUUGCGCGAAUCUAGUACCGACAAUAGCAAAGUACGGUCAAGACGCGCUCGGGUUUCUUAUGGUUCUCGAUCAGAAGACAAUAAACCAGUGUCCAGUGACACCUUGAUUGAAGAACUCAAUCUUCUCACUAAGCGAAGUGAGCACUUGGAGGAAGAGAACAAUGAUUUAAGUAAUAAAUUAGAAUUUACAAAAGAACAAAUAAAUGAUUUGAUUGCAGAGAAUCACGAAUUAAAGGAAACGGUGACUUCUCAAGAAUUAAGUCUGACUGAAGCUAAUCAAUCUAUAGAGGAGUUAAGAAAUACGGUCACGAGUUUGGAAUUUAAGAUUAAAGAUAUUGAGCAGAAACUAUCAGACUCAGUGCUAUUAACUGAGAGACUGAGAUCGGAAAGACAAGAACUAGAAGCUACAUAUAUGGAGACAGAGCGUUCGCUAAGGCGUGCUGCGGAUGAGGCCACGGUACAAGCCUCACAGGCUGCAUUAGAAAGAGCGCGUGCUCAACAUGACCGACUCCGUAUAGAAAGGGAACUGGAAGAGACACGUGAAAAACUUUCAAAUGCCUUAGAAAUAAAUUCUCAGCUCGAAAUUGAAGUAACACGCAAAAUGGCACUGGAUGCCAAUAAUAAAGUUGCCAUCGUACAUGAAGGACAACAUUCAGAAGAAGAACGACCUACUUCACCAGAUCAAGGUAUUGAUAGCGAUAGGUUGUCAAGCUUAGAACAAAACGAUCCCGUAGCACUUUCACCACGUUCAUUGUAUGAGGAGAAUGUAACAUUAAAGCAAAAGCUCGCGAGGACCAAGGCAACGCUCGCAGAAACAUUGAUGCAAUUGAAUGCAGCCAAUUUGCGCAAGAGAAGCGUUCAACGUGCUAUUUGUAGAGAGAUUCACAAGACUCAAGGAGUGUUGCGCAAAGCUCGUGACCAAUUUGAAAAUCAAUCGAAUAAUAAUUAAUUACUUGCUUACGCGCGCACGAAACAUCUUUUUUAAAUUGUCAUUGUUACCCAACUCGGAAGUGCCAAAGUAAUUAAGUAUUAUGAGAUGAAAUAU